AUGUCUUUUAAUGCUGGAUUGACGGACAGUAAAGAAUCGAAGAAAGUUGAAUUUACAACUGAGCCCGAAGCCGCUGCAGUUUAUUGCAUGCGAAACCUUAAAAACCUUAAAGGACAAAAUGAAAUUAUCCCAGUUAAUGCGCCAUUUAUGAUUGUUGAUUGUAGAGGUGGAACUGUAGACCUUACGACACGUAGAUUAUUACGAAAUAAAAAAGUUAAAGUUAGUGGAAUCACUGAACUGAAAAUUUUUGUGAUGGAUCUUAUGUCGAUAGAGAGUUAA